CGAAAGGCGGUGGGGUGGUGUCUGUGUGGAAGAAAUCAGAAGGGAUGUCCAAGGAGGCCUGGAGCAAGGUCAGGGUGAGCAGCUCAUGGAGCCACUGGGAAAGGGUCUGGGAAAGACAGGAAGGAGCCCACUGGACUUCAACAUAGGUCAAAAGGAUCCUGAAGAACCCAGGAGCAAGGAUGUGUGCCAGAAGAAAAAGCAGAAUCCAUGCACUGAGUGUGGAAAUAGCUUUAAAUUACAUUGCAGCAUCAUUAACCACCAGUGCAUACGCUCAGCAAUGAGGCCAUACAAGUGCUCUGGCUGUGGGAAAAGCUUCAAAUGGAGAUCCCUUCUCAUUAUCCACCAGCGUGUCCAUACAGGAGAGAGACCCUACAGGUGCUCUGAGUGUGGGAAGAGCUUCAAAAUUAGUUCCCACCUCACCUACCACCAACACACACACACAGGAGAGAAACCAUUUUGGUGCCGUUACUGUGGGAAGAGCUUCCAAAGGAGUUGUGAAUUGAAGCGCCACCACCGCAUCCACACAGAGGAGAGACCCUUUCUGUGUCCGGAGUGUGGGAAGAACUUCAAAAGCAGUUCUGCAGUGAAGCUGCACAAGCGGAUCCACACAGGGGAGAGACCCUAUAAGUGUCCUGAGUGUGCAAAAAGCUUCAAAAGCAGUUCUGCAGUGAAGCUGCACCAGCGCAUCCACACAGGAGAGAGACCCUAUAAGUGUCAAGAGUGUGGGAAGAGCUUCAGAAGGAGUUGUGAAUUGAAGAACCACCAGCGCAUCCACACAGGGGAGAGACCAUUCAAGUGUCCUGACUGUGAGAAGAGCUUUAAAAGCAGAUCUAAUCUCAACACACACAAACACAUCCACAGCACACACAGGCUUUAGAAGCUUUCCAAGACUCUGGGAACCUUCAGAGGCAGUUCCUGCUUCAUUACCUACCAGCACAGCCACACAAGAUACAGAGCAUGCAGUGCCCCAACCAUGGGCUGAGCUUCAGCCAGCCUGGUCUCCACCUGUGGUUUCAUGUGGUGAAGAACCUUACAAAUCCCUUGAGCAAUGGAAGAGCUCUGUGGCCAAACUGAAUCCCCUUUCUCCUUCUUUGCGUGGGAAUGACCCCUAUUGCUCUCAUUAAGCUGCAGUCAAGGUAUUGUGUGGACACUCUAAGGAGAAUCCAGAGCGGGACGUGUCACAGCCACUGGAAACCCUCUACCAGAUGGCAUGUUUCUGCCAGGGCUGUGUGC